AUGGGUUCCAAAAUAUUAACAUUUUCUUCGAUUGCCUUGUUUGUCAUUUCACUUGUUUUGUUGACCGUUGGUUUUUCAUCCUAUUGGUACGUCUACGAAUCAAGAAUAGACAGUGACACCAAAAUUUAUAUCAAAUACAACAAGGAAAAGAUUGUAGAUGAAGAUAGAGAGACUAGCUACACUCAAGACUGGAGCGACCAAGACGACAGAAAGAAUGAAAAGAAAACCUACAAUAUUGCCCUCGCCUUUGAUGUCUUGGCUUGGAUCGUUACCAUUCUAGUGAUUGGUCUUUUACUCGUGUCACUCAAAGUUUCCAACAAAUUGGUCAAAUUCCUCACUAUUGGUCUCAGUAUCCUCUCUUUGAUUUUCAUCAUCAUCUCGUUUGGUUCUUUUACCAAAUUACCAGAUGCUAUCGACCAAGAUAUCAAGGACAGAAACUUAAUUUGUAAUGAUGAUAUAUGUGAAAAAUUCCUCAAUGGAAGUUCUAAUGGCCCAUCAGUUGGAUGGAGUGUAGUUGUUGCAUCUAUGCUUUUUACCUUUGGAGGUAUCCUUAUUUCAGCUUUUACUCUCCUCAAACACUAA